AUGUCUCGGUCCAGUGGCACCACUCUUUACGUCACUGGCUUCGGCCACGGCACUCGAGCUCGCGAUCUUGCCUACGAAUUCGAACGGUACGGUCGCCUUGUGCGAUGUGAUAUUCCUGCUCCCCGUACUGCAUCGAGCCGGCUGUUUGCUUUUGUGGAAUACGAAAGUCGUCGUGAUGCAGACGAUGCGUAUCACGAGAUGCACAACAAGCGUAUCGGCCGUGACGACUUGCUGAAGAUAGAGUGGGCUCGUACUCCUCCAUCUGCUUCGUGGCGAUUUGACUCGGGUCGCGACCGCCCAAGCCGACGUGACCGUACCCCUCCUCGUCGUGGACGUUCUCCCUCUCCUCGCCGUGGGCGUGAUUACUCCCCUCGCAAAGAUGAUCGACGCGACCGGGACUAUGACCGCCGAGACAGAGAUCGGUCCCGCAGUCCCGAUGACCGUGACAGAGACCUCAGAGAUGACCGCGAUAGACGCGAUGACGACCGGGACAGACGCGAUGAUGACAGGGACAGACGUGAGGAUGAUCGCGACAAUGGAACAAAUGGUGAUGACAGGAAAGUUCCCUUGGAUCCACUCACUUCUGCUCAUGAUGAGCUUGAUACUGCUGAGUAG